CUGUUUCCUCACUUCUGCAAUUUCCAGAUAGCACGGAGGCCAGGUCUCCAGACAGACACUCAGAUUCUGCUGCUGCAGCCACUCUCCUGAUACAGGCCUGAGCAGGAUUCUAUGACCAGCAGUCCCUUCCACACAUAGCGAUGGAGGCAAAGGAUUCUUUUCGUGUGGACUCAGAGUUCCGAUAUACCCUCUUCCCGAUUGUUUACAGCAUCAUCUUCGUGCUGGGGGUGAUCGCCAACAGCUAUGUGCUGUGGGUCUUUGCCUGCCUGUACCCUUCCAAGAAACUCAAAGAGAUAAAGAUCUUCAUGGUGAACCUCACCAUGGCUGACUUGCUCUUCUUGGUCACCCUGCCCCUGUGGAUCACCUACUACUACAAUGAGGGCAACUGGAUUCUCCCCAAAUUCCUGUGCAACCUGGCCGGCUGCUUCUUCUUCAUCAACACCUACUGCUCAGUGGCCUUCCUGGCUGUCAUCACUUACAAUCGUUUUCAGGCGGUGACACGGCCCAUCAAGACAGCUCAGGCCACCACCCGCAAGCGUGGCAUCUCCGUGUCCCUGGUCAUCUGGGUGGCCAUUGUGGCUGCUGCAUCCUACUUCUUCGUCCUGGACUCCACCAACGUGGUACCCAACAAGACCGGCUCUGGCAACGUCACCCGCUGCUUUGAGCAUUACGAGAAGGGCAGCGUGCCCGUCCUCGUUAUUCAUGUCUUCCUCGUGUUCAGCUUCUUCCUGGUCUUUCUCCUCAUCCUCUUCUGCAACCUGGUCAUCAUCCACAGGCUGCUCAGGCAGCCGGUGCAGCUGCAGCGCAACGCGGAAGUCAAGCGCAGGGCGCUGUGGAUGGUCUGCACGGUCUUGGCUGUGUUCAUCAUCUGCUUUGUGCCCCACCACAUCGUGCAGCUGCCCUGGACCCUGGCUGAGCUGGACUUCCAGAACGGCGACUUCCACCAGGCCAUCAACGAUGCCCAUCAGGUCACCCUCUGCCUUCUUAGCACCAAUUGCGUCUUGGACCCCAUCAUCUACUGUUUCCUCACCAAGAAGUUUCGCAAGCACCUCACUGAGAAGUUCUACAGCAUGCGCAGUACCCGGAAGUGCUCCCGGGCGACCUCGGAGACGGGCACUGACGUGGUCAUGCCGCUCAGCCAGGUCGCUGCCAACUGUCUCAAAAACUAGUACUUGAUCGUUGGGGCCAGGCUCAGAGGCUUAUCUUCCACGGGCGUCCACUGACCUGGGGGAUGAAAGGGUACCUGCUGUGGUCUGGGCACCUCCUCCCUGGGCACGAGUGACUCUUUAAGUGUGGAGGCUACCUCCCUAAGGUGGGGGUGAUGGCAGGUCCAGACUGCUGGGAAAUCCAGAAUUUCAGUGUGCCCGCCAGCACCUCUGGACACGUGCCAUAAUAACAUUGCCUGGUGACCUAGUCCUGAGUACCUGAGUCUGAUGGCUCUGCGGGCAGUGUCAGGCCUUGGGGGCAGACAGAUUCUGAGCCACCCUGUUCACCCUACCAGGGCAGCGGCCCAAGCCAGUGUGACCUGAACUUUUUGGCAACCACUUCCUUUAUCAUUAUAAUGGCAGGAAUGGGGUUUGGGGAAGGAGAUACUCCCCUGGCUGUGUGGCAGUAUCUCUGGCAAAGACUUUGAGCUAGGAUACUGCCACCUUGUCUCAUUCCGAGGCACAAGGUCUUUGUGACACUUCUUGGGGGAAGGGGCUCAGGGGCACCUUUUCCACCUCAUCCAACGACCUGUCCUGUAUGGCUCCAGAGAAGAUCAGACAUGCCUAGGUGAAAGGUGGGGAGCUGGUCGUCUCUGUACAGGCCCCACUUCAGGCUUGGGUCAGCUCUGUGGGAGCGUGAGAGACCCAACUGCCGCAUCCUGUCUCAACAGUGAACCCUGAUGAAGUACCUUCUGUGAGACAGCUACCCACUGGGGGUGGGCAAAGGCCCCUCAAAGCCAAGUUUGGGGCAUCCAGGGCGGGCACCGUGCCGCUUGGAGGCUACCAUGAGAAAGGACCUUCGGCUGAGAAGUACCUGUGUGAGGGUGAGGCCUCCACAGUGGCAGGAGCCUGCUUUCUGAGGGGGGCCCCUCCUAAUUUAGCUUCCAGAAGGUGAGAGGAGCAGUUAUAGUCCCAAGGGGCAGCAGGCACUUUGUGUUCUGGGUGCAGAAGAGAGGUGUCAGAUUCUCUCAAAGAUCUCUAGAUGCUUGCUUAUGAUUUUCAGUAAAUAUUUUCAAAUGAGUCUCCUCUCACACCCUGCGCCCUUGUGUGUGAAUCUGGCAGCCACAGACCCAGGGGCUUGGAGGAGCCUUCCCUGGUUUCCAGAGCCCAGGGAUCCUUCUGAGACAUCUCCUUCCCUUCCAGCCCCAGUCCUCAUGAAGUGAAAUCCUUAUUUCCUGUCUAUCGGGUUGAUUUUGAUAAAUGCCUCACAGUGGGCCAAGAACCUGCUCGGGUCUGGGAUGGUAGCUGUGGGCUGAACUUGGCUGAUGGUGGGUAGGUGGGUAGUGCCCCAUAACUGAGCUUUGUGACACACAGACCCAGUUUCAAGUCUUGGCUUUGUCACUUUCUGCCGCGGAACCAUAAGCUACAUUUCCUACCUCAUAGGGGUGUUAUGAACCAUGAAUGCUGAGGCAGAUACCUCUUGGUCAGGGUGAUUGCUCAUCCCCAGAUUCUUCCUUUGUCUGAGAAGGUGUUCUCCUUGAUCCUCUGAUGGGAGUCAAAUGGAUGAGAUGUGGGUGUCUGGCUCCAGGUGGGCCAGUCACACAUACCAGUCUGGAGCCGUGCGUGUGUGCCUGUCUACGUGUGUGUGUCUGUCUGUGGGUACGGGAUGGGGCGGGGGAGGGUGGGCGACCGCAGGAACAUAUUGGAGAAACCCGCACUGCACAGAGAGAAGAUGCAAAGGCACAGAGCAAAGCAGAGACCAGAGGGCGACCAGAAGCCUGGAGAGAGGAGGGUCCGGUGCUGCUGGGGCCUGCUGCCCUCCUCCUCCAGGCCAGGCCCUUCUCAAAGCCCAACAACAUCUGCAUUUCUUCCUCUGGGUCCCGUGAGAGUCCCUUGUCAGGAUACAUUCUCUUAUUUUGCUUAAGCCUGUUUGAACGAGUAUCUGUGACCUGCAGCUCAUCUCCAAACGAGACAAAUGCUUGGAUGUUAAAGCACCGUGGUCCUUGGGUUUCAGUCAUUGAUGUGCCCCCCUCACAACUUUUCAAUAUCCAUGUACCAUCCAUCUGUAUGUUUACUUCAUAAAUAUUUUUCUCUGAA